AUCUGUUUCACGUGUGCUUUGUUAAGACCUUUUGUGAACAACCCCGCCAGUACUCUGAGAAGCGGCACUCUGAAGCAUGUCUGAGCCAUCGCCGAAACGGCUGAAAGCUGAUGAUAGUAAUGUAGCACAGUUGAAGCAACAAGAUGGUGAUCUGGCGACAGGGGGCCUUGGUGAGGGCGCUCCGGAAACUAUGGAGGAACGCUGGGCAGUUGAUCUCGAGGAGUGCCAAAGGGCUCUGGACAAGGUCAACGAUGAGGCCAGCGACCGCGUACUGGCGGUGGAGCAGGAGUACAACAAGAAGCGGCGGCCCAUUUAUACCCAACGCGCAAGCAUAAUUAAAAACGUGCCAUUGUUCUGGCAGCGGACACUCUCAUCACAUCCCACUCUGGCAGACCAGCUCACAGAUGACGACACGGCGGUGCUGGAGCACCUUACGGAGCUCGAGGUCGUUGACUUUGACGACAUCAAGUCUGGGUUUAAGAUUGUGCUCAACUUCUCGUCGCGCAACCCAUUCUUCAGCAACACCACCCUCACCAAGUCCUUCCACUACGGAGAUGACAACGGUGUGGAGGUCCGCGCGGACGUCAUCGAAUGGAACCAGGGCUUCGAGCCCUCCAGCACGGGCCUACCCGGGGACCCGGGGCGGAGCUACAUGUUCUUCCUGUGGCUGGGCGAGACGCAGCCCAUCGGGGAGGGCACUCCGGACGAGAUCUCUGAGAUCCUGAAGGAGGAGAUCUGGCCCAACCCGCUGAAGUACUUUAUGAGCGAGCUGCCGCUGCUGGAGGCGGGCUUGGAGGGUGAGGAGCUCGAUGAGGGAGCUGAACUGGAGGAGGGCGCGUUUGAGGAGGAGGCUGAGUUGGGGGGCGAGGGGGAGGAGUUUGGAGGGGCGGAGGGCGACGAGGGGGCGGAGGGGGAGUUGUAGGGACGUACUGGUAGGGAGCGGGGUAAGUGGAGGGGCGAGCAUGGCUAUUCUUAGAUGAUUCGGGAUUUAGAGGGCUUGGAUGUAUGUUGUAGGGCCGCUUUUUGGCUGGAAGAAGGAGGAGGAGGAGGAGAUCGCGGGGAGGGGUGUCCAUGACAGCAUGAGAAACGCCGCGGGUGGGAACAAGACAUAUCGGGGUUGGGGCAACACCGCUAGGUGUGCGGGUUUGGACGUAGCACGUAGGUAAGGGAAGCGCUGGAGGGUACAAGGUAUUGAGUUCUGGGAAGGCAGGGGUUUGCGGGGUAGGCGGAGAGUACUGCAGGGGUGGUGUGUGGGAUGCAGCAGCGAACCCUGAUGUUGGGUCAGCAGCGGUGGGUCGGGCGGGGAGGCAACGGAGGGGGCAGUGGGCAGGUGGGUGCAGCCUGGGAGGGUUGGGCGGUUACGGCAAUUGGAGAGGCUUUCGGUUAGGGGGUCCACGGAACUGUGGGGUGCGGAAAUUUAGACAACCCUUUGGCAGGGGCUUAAUAAGGGCUCCUUGUCUCCCCCCCACUCCCACCUAAUGAGCACUGGGGUGUACCCUAAUGAGCAGUGGGGUGUACAGAGGUACGGAGGGGGGGGGGUUUGGCACAGGGCUGGCAAAGGAGCCUGUCAUCCACCCGUCAGCAUUUGUUAACUGUUGACAUGCGCGUCCGAUGUGGCAGCUGUACAGCUGUACAAUCUGUCUAUGUUGGGGGGUGGCGGCGAGCACGGCUCGGGUGCUGAGUUCCGCUGGGGAGCGGAAGACAGGCGGGUUGGUCGGGCGGUGGGGCUA